AACAGCGAACGUGCGACACGUUUACUUGAAUGGCGUGCAUCCUUAGUUUGGUAGCCUUGUGGGGAACUUUGGGAGGGGUGGUGGCCUUUCUCAUAGCCCUGCGGUUGUGGAUAGUACUUCAUUCUCGGAAUGUUGUGUCUCGUGAGUCUGUCAGUGUCUUGGUAGUGGCUGGGUCCGGUGGGCAUACCACUGAAAUCCUGAGACUGCUUGGGAACUUGUCCAGUGCUUACUCACCAAGGCAUUAUAUUUUUGCUGACACUGAUGAAAUGAGUGCCCAUAAAAUAGAUUCUUUUGAACUAGAUCGGGCUGACAUAUACCCAGGUACCAAGUAUACGACUCACCGAAUUCCAAGAAGCCGUGAGGUUCAGCAGUCCUGGCUCUCCACUGUGCUCACCACCUUGUACUCCAUGCUGUACUCCUUGCCCCUGACUUACAAACUGAAGCCAGAUUUGGUGUUGUGUAAUGGACCAGGAACAUGUGUUCCUAUCUGUAUAUCUGCCCUUCUCCUUGGUAUACUAGGAAUAAAGAAAGUGAUCAUUGUCUACGUUGAAAGCAUCUGCCGAGUAGAAACUUUAUCCCUAUCCGGAAAGAUUCUGUAUCACCUCUCGGAUUACUUCAUUGUUCAGUGGCCGACACUUAGGGAGAAGUAUCCCAAAUCUUUGUACCUUGGGCGAAUUGUUUGACAAAUGACACCUUGCUUCCGUAGAAUUUUGCAGUGAAAGAUAAUAUUUAUUUAAAUGAAAAAAAACUGCAUGUUCAGUGUAAGGGCUUCUGUAAGUCCUGAGAAUUAUUGGUGAUCAGGAGUGAAGUAUGUGCAGACAACCCAGUGAAAAAAUGGAGGCUUCUCUUAUGAAACAGACAACAAUAAACAAUAACCAUUAAAUAUUUAUAUCUCUAUACACCAAAUCUCUCUUCUAGAUAAAACUGUAUGUCACUGUGGUAGAUUGAAUCAUGUCCCCUACAAAAACAUUUUCCAAGUCCUAACCCUUGGUCCUGUGGGUAUGAAAUCAUUUGUAAAUUAGAUCUUUGAAGAUGUUAAGGCCAAACUGAAUCGGGGGAUCUUAAUCCAGUAUGACUGGAAUCCAUACAAGUAAAGGAAUUCUGAACACGGAAGCAGUGGAAACCACAGGAGACAGAAAGGGACAGAUGGCCAUGUGACAGAGGCGGAGAUUGAUUGCCAGCAAACCACCACCAGAACAGUACAGACUUCAGAGAAGGCAUGGCUAACCUCCAAAACUGAGCCAAU